GCAUGCGAUCGCAUGUCCUAAAAGGAGGAGAAAAAGGUCCCGUUCCUCGGCCAUCUCUCUCUCGCUUGCCGCUGUUGCUCCACUCCUCCCUUCCCUUUCCCUUUUGUAUGCCGACGGGCGAAUGGGAGUCGUCGAGGCGAAACUCUCCGUGAAGGAUGACGCGAAGUCAUCAUCUUCGUCUCCUCCUCCACCGAACUUCUCCAUGGAUGGCGCGCACAGAGGACUCGCGAGCAUGAUGCCGGAGGAGAAGCCCUUGGACGUUGUUGGCGAUCCCGAGAUCCCAGAACCGGCUGACGGUGUUGGUUUCGAUCAAGAUCCGGAGUCGCCUAAGAAAGGUGGGGAGGAGGGGGUGGCGGCGGCGGCCGAAAAAGGGGUAUGGCCUGGAUUUUCCCAGAGACCGGAUGCGAUCGAUUGCGCAUUUUAUAUGAAGACAGGGACCUGUAAAUUUGGGUUGAAUUGCAGGUUCAAUCAUCCCCCAAAAAGGAGACAUAGGGCCAAGCCGGAGAAACAAUCGGAAUAUGUUCAGACUAUUAAAGCGGCACAUAAGGGAUCUGGUUCGGAAAAGAUGGGUCAAACAACGUGCAAGGAAUUUGGAAAGGUUGGUGAGAAGGAAAAGAAAGUUGCCCAAAAGAGUUUCAGGCCUGAGAAUGCUGAAAAAAAGCAAAAGGGUACUGUACUAAAAAAGGUGGAGCAAACUGAGAAAAAGGUUGGUGAGAAGGAAAAGAAAGUUGCCCAAAAGAAUUUCAAGCCUGAGGAUGCUGAAAAAAAGCAAAAGGGUACUGUACUGAAAAAGGUGGAGCAAACUGAGAAAAAGGUUGGUGAGAAGGAAAAGAAAGUUGCCCAAAAGAAUUUCAAGCCUGAGGAUGCUGAAAAAAAGCAAAAGGGUACUGUACUGAAAAAGGUGGAGCAAACUGAGAAAAAGGCUGUUGAGAAAGAGGAACAGACUCCUUCCAAAAAGAUGGAUCAGGAGAAGGUCACAUUGAAGAAACAAUGGAAGGUUGUUCAGAAAGCCGCUAGAGAAGAGCAUGAAGAAUCUUCAUUGAUAAUGGAGGUACAAACAUCAUGCAGAGUUGAUGAGAAAGAAAAGGAGAUUGCCCAUAGCUUCAUGCAAUUAAAAUGCGAGAAAACAGAGGAAAAACAAAAGGCAAUCCUCUUAAGAACAGUGGAGCAGACAGAGAUAAAGGCUGCUGAGGACAAGCAAUCUUUUCCAGAAAGGAUAGAGCAUGAAGACAAGAAUGUCGACAUCCUAUCAUUACCAGAGGAGAAACAAACUCUUUUUGGAAGAUCAGAGCAGCAAGAUUACAAGGCUGCUAGGGAAAAGGGUAAAGAAACCACGUCAGAAAAGGGUGAACAGACAGAAUUCAAGGCUGGCACAGAGGAGGGUAAAGAAACUACUUUGGGAAAGGGUGGCCUGAUAGAACACAAGGCUGCUAUGGAAAAGAGUAAAGAAACCACUUUGGAAAAGGGUGGACAGAUAGAAUGCAAGUUUUACACAAUGCCAGGAGGUUGCAAGUAUGGGAAAUCCUGCAAAUAUGUUCAUUCUCAAAAGAAAAUGGAAGGCAAUUCAUCAAAAUUGAACUUCUUAGGCCUUCCAAUUAGACUGGGAGCAAAGGAAUGCCCAUAUUACAUGCGUACAGGCAAUUGUAAAUUUUCUACCAAUUGUAGAUAUCAUCAUCCUGAUCCUACUGUCGCAAUGGUUGGACAUGAUCCUCAUUCAGGAUGUCAAAGUAGUGGAUCUAUGCAACAAAGUGCCUUUGGAGCAUCAACAAUGCCUGUGACACCCAGUCGUAGUCAAGGAACACUUAAUGGACCAACUUCUUUUGUAGUUGCAUCACCAGCCUGUUCCCCAGCUUCAAAUUUGCAUUCACAAGGGUUCCAUUCAAAUUCAGGAUGCAAUGGGUAUCAGCAGGUGCACAUCGAUGAAUAUCCUGAGAGACCAGGUCAGCCAGAGUGCCACUACUACAUGAAAAAUGGGUUUUGCCCAUUUAAAUCAGUGUGCAAGUUUGAUCAUCCCAAGUCUCAUCUUCCCACGAAAUCCAAUGGUGUUUCCAUCCCCAGUUGCCCUCCACAAUAGGAGUAGCGGCUAUGGUGACAUUGCAGAUCCAAAUGUUAUGACAAGGUUGAUCAGUGCUGAGACGUGAGAUGCAAUCUCGGACAUUAGCAAAGCAAUGAAAGUGAUGUUUCUUCUCUAUUUGACUGAAAACCUGAGGAGGGUCGAUUGUUGCUACGGAGUGAAAGUUAAAUAUCUUCAUUAAACGGAACUUUAAUGUUCGUGUAUGAUAAAAUUCAUCGUAGCACGACAUACCACUCAAUAUGAGCGGUACAUAUCGAUCUGACAAGAGAUCGGUACGAUCAAUAUAUGAGUACACUUGCAUGUAUCAUGUGUUACGAUUUGGUAUAGUUCGUUAUGUAUCGUAUCGAUAGCUGAUUGAUAUAUCGGUAUGAAUCAGGUGAAUUAUGAUGUAUAGAUUAUAUUUCAUUUAUCCUAAUAUGAACAUAAAGUGAAUUAUCACUGCUAUAAAAAUUGUUAA